AUGCGUCUCUUUUCCGUCCUGCGCUCUGCUCCAGCAGCGGCCUGCCGCCGCCGCUUCGCGACCGAGGCGCGGUUAACCUCGGACCAUGUCCGCAUCGUCGAAGUCGGCCCUCGCGACGGCCUCCAGAACGAGAAGAAGUCCAUCCCGUUGGAGACGAAACUGCAGUUGAUUGGGAAACUGGCCAAGACGGGCGUGACGACCAUCGAGGCGGGAUCGUUUGUCCCUGCUAAAUGGGUGCCUCAGAUGGCCAGCACAGCCGAAAUCUGCGAACACCUCCUACAGACCCCCCCCGCAUCCCCGCACGUCAUCGCCUACAACUACCUGGUCCCCAACGUCCGGGGUCUGGAGAACCUAAUCAAAGUGCUCGACACGACCGGCGUCCCCGCCGACACGCCCACCAAGACCUCCACUACGACCGAAAUCUCCUUGUUUGCGGCCGCAACCGAGGCCUUCUCCAAGGCCAACACCAACUGCACGAUCGACGAGUCGCUGGAGCGCAUCCGGCCGGUCGUGGCGCUGGCCAAGACGCGCAACAUUCGGGUGCGCGGGUACGUCUCGGUGGCGCUGGGAUGCCCGUACGAAGGGCCCGAUGUCUCCCCUGUCAAGGUGGCGGACAUCACGCGCUCGCUGCUGGAGAUGGGGGCCGACGAGGUCUCUGUCGCGGACACGACGGGCAUGGGGACGGCCCCCCGCACGAUGGAGCUGCUGCAGGCGCUGCGCGCGGCGGGCAUCGCCAGCUCGGAUUUGGCGCUGCAUUUCCAUGACACCUACGGGCAGGCGCUGGUGAAUACGAUUGUGGGGCUGGAGCAUGGGAUCCGGAUCUUUGAUAGUAGUGUGGGUGGACUCGGGGGUUGCCCGUACUCGAAGGGGGCGACGGGGAAUGUCUCGACGGAGGAUCUGGUGCAUACGGUGCAUAGUCUGGGGAUGCAUACCGGGGUGGAUCUGGAAGAGAUGGCGAGGAUUGGGGCGUGGAUUAGUGGGGAGUUGGGGCGGUUCAAUGAGAGUCGGGCUGGGAAGGCGAUUUUGGCGAGGAAAGGCGGACCAUCAAUGUUGCCUCUUCCCGGCGCGCCAUCUUCGUCAUGGGCCCAAUUUCGAGCACGUCUGGCGGCUCUCUUCCACGGGGCUGAUCCACGAGUCUGUGUGGCAUUUUGGCUCUUUGGGCUGAUCAACAAUGUCCUCUAUGUGAUUAUUCUAUCGGCUGCCCUGGAUCUCGUGGGGCCGGACCUACCCAAAGGCGUGGUGCUGCUCGCCGAUGUGAUCCCCUCGUUCACUACCAAGCUGGUGGCUCCGUACUUCAUCCAGGUCGUGCCGUAUCCCGUGCGUGUGCUCGUCUUCGUCACCUUAUCAACCACCGGCAUGCUGCUCGUUGCUCUGAGUCCGGCCUAUACUGCGGGCGGUUCCAUAUCCACUAAGAUCGCCGGCAUCAUCCUGUCCAGUAUUUCAAGCGGAGGGGGCGAGCUCUCCUUCAUCGCUCUCACUCAUCACUAUGGGCCGUUUAGUCUGGCUUCCUGGGGCAGCGGCACGGGGGCCGCCGGUCUGGUGGGGGCUGGCGCAUACGCUCUGGCCACCACCUCGUUUGGCUUCAGCGUCAAGGCGACCCUCCUUGCAUCGGCCUGCUUGCCGGCGGUGAUGGUCCUCAGCUUCUUCACGGUUCUCCCGCAGUCAUCGGUGCGCUCCUUCUCGGCCGGGCGAACUGGCCGGUCUCGAGAAGCGGAUGGAGAUGAAGACCUUGAUGAACGGGAGCAGUUGCUGGAGACAUCGAGCGAUGAGGCCUUGGUUCAGACCACCAAGGAACCGAAAGGUCGCGGGCUGGGAUGGCAGGCGUUCAAAGAGAAUCUCCAGCGCACCCAGGGCCUUUUCCUCCCAUUUAUGCUGCCCCUCUUGCUGGUCUACGUGGCCGAAUAUACGAUCAAUCAAGGAAUCGCGCCGACUUUGCUGUUCCCGGUGCAGGAGUCCCCGUUCGACCACUAUCGCGCCUUCUACCCGGCCUACAACGCGAUCUACCAAGUGGGGGUCUUCAUCUCGCGCUCGUCGACCCCCUUCAUCCGCGUGCACAGCCUCUACAUCCCGUCGUGCCUGCAGUUUGUCAAUCUGAUCCUCUUGACGCUCCAGUCGCUCUUCAACUUCAUCCCCAGUGUGUGGCUGGUGUUUGCGAUUGUCUUCUGGGAGGGGCUUCUGGGCGGGCUCGUCUAUGUCAGCACAUUUGCAGAGAUCGCCGACCGGGUGCCGGUGGAGGAUCGGGAGUUCUCGCUGGGGGCGACGACGGCGAGUGAUUCGGGGGGUGUCUGCAUUGCGGGGUUCCUCAGCAUGGUAUUUGAGCCACUAGAUCACCUCUUGGGAAGACCCUCCACCAAGUUCCGAAAGAUCCAAGUCCUGGCCGUCUUCGCCUUCUGGUCGCUAUAUCUUUCCAGAGGAAACAAGCAUGGCCCUCCCGGGGUUCGCAAAGUCUCCGCCCGCCUCACGGAAAAGCUCAGCGUCUGGCAGACCACCGUCAUUGUCUUCCUGUGGCUCUAUGUCAGCCGCAACUUUGCGAAGAUUGUCGGCCUGGAAUGUCCGGAGCCCCUGGCCAACCUCUACUCCCGCUCCUUCUUCCGCGCCACAUGGAUCGCCACCGCUUUGGAUGCUGGGUUCUGGACCGCGAUGAAGGUCAAACCGAAAUGGCUGCGGGAUAUAGCCUCGCUGGUCUUCACCGUCUACUAUCUCAUCGCCGCGGAGCGCGCCGACGAGAAGGUCCGUCGCGUCCGGGCGACCCUCACGCUGGACCACAUGCGUGUCUCGUGGAACAAGGCCACCACGCCGUAUCUCUGGGCCUUAGCGCGCCUGACGCGUCCCCGACUCACCCAAUACGCUCCGCGGGCCAUUCGCAUUCCGCGACCGUCGUCGUCAAUCUAUGACCAACCCACGAAUGCGUGGCUGUACUUUGAUGGGCCUUUGAGUGCCUUGCGGGACCAGACCGGCAUUGUGCUCGACAUCCCCGGCGGCGGGUUUGUCUCGAUGAGCCCUAGGCAUGCCGAGGAUAGACUCUUGAGUUGGGCUGCUCGCGCCAAAGUCCCCAUCCUGAGUCUGGAUUAUAAGAAGGCGCCGGAGUUUCCCUACCCUUAUGCCUUAAAUGAAUGCUACGACGUGUACCAGACGAUUGUGUCUACGCGGGGUCGCUGUAUUGGACUCAAUGGACGAACACCUCCGCGCAUCGUCGUGACCGGUGAUAGCGCAGGCGCCAACCUGGCUGUCGGCAUGACGCUGAUGAUUCUGCAGUCGGGCAGGGCGGAUGCAUCACACUGGCAAGGACAGCACGUGCUUCCACCCCCGGACGGGGUAGUUCUGGCCUAUCCCGCGUUGAACAUGAAGAUAGAAAGCUGGAUGACGGAGGAGCAGAUGGCGCUGAUCCAGGAGAAAAGCACGCGACGCACCAACCAGCACAUUUUGCAGCGCAAGAGCCUGGAUUACCAGCGUCUCACCCCUUUCACCUCCCCCGGCGCAUCCUUUGCCGAUCUGCAGCAAGACUCGUGCUCCGAGCUGGACCUCGAAGCGAACGAUAUCGGCGAAAAGACGGCGCGCAAGCUCGACCAGCACCGACGUCCGACCACGCGCCCGACCCAUGAAUCUGAGGCUGCUGCCAUCGCGGAGCACCAGCCGAAGCAAAUUCGCACGCGCCUGGCGACCUCGUCGAUCAUUUCGUACGUGCAGGAUCGCAUCCUCACCCCGGAGAUGAUGCGAGCCAUGAUUAUCUUGUACAUUGGCCCGCAUAACCGCCCCGAUUUCAACACCGACUACCUCCUCUCGCCGACCCUCGCGCCGGAGGCCUUGCUGGCGCGCUUCCCCAAGACCUAUAUCAUCACCGGCGAGCGCGAUCCCCUGGUGGAUGACACGGUGAUUUUCGCGGGCCGUCUCCGUCAGGCGAAACUGCACCAGUUCCGCGAACGACAGGAGCUGGGGCUGGAGAACUCCCGUCGUGGGUUCAACGACAAGGACCACGUCGAGGUGUCAUUGAUCCCGGGUAUCUCGCACGGCUUCAUGUUGAUGGCCGGCUUCUUCCCCGAGAGCUGGAAGCACAUCAACCGGUGCGCCAGCUGGAUCAGUGAGCUGUUGGCCUUGGCCGAAACCAAGACUUCUUCCUCGGGUGUGCAGUUGCGGAAGAACCCCAACCACCUGCAGCACCUCCUCCUCCUCCACCCCCCGCACAACCACCGUCACCGGACGCGCAACCACCAACGGCGUCUCACGGGUGAUUCUUCCGCCGACGAAGACAAACCCCUGGAGAUGAGCAUCAGCAAGCUCACGCCGCUUACCCCAGUAGGCAGCGAAUUCAUAUCGGGUGGUAAGGUAGUGAAGGAGCCGCACACCCCGUCAGAACUACACCCCGAGAACGGAAGCACUACUCCGAGUCGCGUCCGCAGCGUCUCCCGCGGCCGCUCAGUGAGAUCCUCCUUCGCCGCAAGCCGGAAGCAAAAGCAGCACCGCGUGCCUGCCAAACUGACUCUUCCCCCCGAGGAUUGGGGGGACGAUGAAGAGGGGUAUGUCUCGGACUACUUUGAGCACGCUGUGGCGAUUCUCCCUCUGCCGGAGAGAAACCGCAGUAUGAAUAGCCUGGCGAGUGAGGAGGAUCUGCUGGAUCGGCGAAUGAGUGGGUUGGCGGGGGGGUUGAUGGGAAUUGGCGAGGGGGCGCAAACGCCGUGA